GUUUCAGCGAUCCAAGCCUUGGUGGUGCACCCACGGAGCGUCGUUCAGCAAAGCACUAAUGUGCACAUGAUGGCGGUAUUACCUAUUACUAGGCAUGCGACUGCGCUACUCCCACGUAUUCGAUCUAAGUAGUUUGUCGUCGAAGAAAAAUUAGAUAUUGCGUUGUAAUGUUCGCUUCAUCGAAAGGAGAAAAAGCCAGGAUGGAUUGAACAUAUGUAGCUCCUUAGUGUCUUAUGCGGGCGUGAUAUGCAUUGAUUCCUGGAUUGUUUUUUACCUCAUGAAUUAGAUUCGCGCGGGUUUCAAAGUACAUCAAGAGGCGAGGAGCGUUGCGGCUUUGAAGGUGAUCCUCGCAGCGCUCAUCCACAUCGUGACCACGAUAAGCCAGCGCAUGGAGACCGACUGCUUGCAUCUCGUAGUUUCGAAUACCCACGGUUCUGCCCCGCCCCUGCCGGCGAACGCAAGUGAUGAGGAACGACAGCGUUUGCUGCUGGACUGGCGGGCCAGUGGCGCUCCUGGUACUAGCGAUGGGACGCCGCGCUUGCCCACUGCUGAGGGUGGCAGCAAGAGUUCGGA